AUGGCUCAUUCUAUGUUUACUUUGCGGUCUUUACCUGGGUUUCUCAGCAUCCAAGCUGUGCAAGAGAAUGGAGGUCCUCGAAGAUUAGUUGAUAUUAUCAGAAUUGUCACAGAAAUUUCUUGGAAUUACUUCCGGAGUCUUUCUCGACAGGCACAUUUUGGAGGAAUUUCAUUGUUGGGUGGCUUUUAUGUGGUGCAAACAAUCUCCUUGUCAUUUGGAGCAUUAGGAGUCAACGAUGGCAUAGCUGCAGUAUUGUGAGUUCUCCUAACAGAGUAUGUUACUAGAUUUUAUUACAGCCGACCAAAGGUAACUUUUCCACUCGCUCUCCUUAACAACUUCAAGAUGGGUUUUACUUAUGUUCUUUUCAUUGAUGCUUUUAAGCUCGCUCUCCUUAACAACUUCAAGAUGGGUUUUACUUAUGUUCUUUUCAUUGAUGCUUUUAAGCUCGCUAGUUAGUUUGUAUCUGUCUUUGACCUAUCUGGGAGAUAGUCUUUGUAAAAUUGAUGAGAUAUAUUUUGUAAAGAUAGUUCCUUGUAUAUAAUUUGAUCUUUUUCUGUUCUGUUGUUUUUUCUUUAUAUGUAGAUUAGUUUUAUUUUCA